ACCUCCGCAUGAGGAGGACAUGUUGCAAUGUCGGAUAAUCGCGACUCACCGCCUCCGAGCGGCCUCCGGAACCGUGUCAGUUUCUUCGAGAGGGUCUGGAGUGGUCGGAGAAGCAGCGACACCGUAGACUCUACAACGGAUGUCGACGAUAUAGAGCGGCGCAUCGAACAGCGCAAACGGCGCCCCGAAUCGCCGAAAAUUGAAGUUAAACUUAAACACACACGCGACACCCAAUCGCCGACAAAAUCAUAUGAAUCUACAUUCCCAAAUUUGAAGUUGAGACAUGUUGAGACUGAGGCCUUGGAGAAGGAACGUCAGGUUGAGGGAGACCUGGCCUCUGGAUCCCGGAUUGUGAAGUUUGAACGUGUUGUAAAGAAGUCUGUCGGCGAAUUAGGAGAGGAUAGACCAGAUUCCCCCCAGGGAGAAUGGUACACGGAGUACAAGCAUCAUGCUAUCCACAAUGUGAACAGGAAAGAAUACUCCAGGAGCAGAUCGGAAUAUGACUCUCACAUCGCAGAAAUACGAGAUGAACAGGAAAGAGUGCAGAAGAAGACGUUUGUAAACUGGAUCAAUUCACACUUAUCCAAGCGGAUACCUCCGAUGAGAAUUGAUGACCUCAUCUACGACUUACGAGAUGGCAGCAAACUGUUGGCGCUCCUUGAAGUGCUGUCUGGUGAAAAACUGCCAAUGGAACGUGGGAGGGUACUCCGCCGGCCACAUUUCCUCUCCAACGUGAACACAGCCCUCCGGUUCCUGGCAGGAAAGAGGAUCAAGUUAGUGAACAUCAAUGCUGCAGACCUCGUGGAUGGUCGACCGGCUGUUGUCCUCGGACUCAUAUGGACCAUCAUUCUCUACUUCCAGAUUGAGGAGAACAGCCGAGCGCUAGAAUACCUCGGCGGUUCGAGAUGCGCGUCAGUCAUGUCUCAGGAAUCUGGUACUGCCACUCCGACCCAUAGGGCCGAGGACAGAUGGAAGCAGGGUGCCAAGAAGACUUUGCUGCAAUGGGUUGCGAAUGCUCUACCUAAGGACUCAAACAUCCAAGUGACAGACUUCGGCCCAUCAUGGCGGGACGGUAUAGCCUUCCUCGCUAUAAUUGACGCGAUCAAAGCAAAUCUCAUCAACUUGGCUGAGAUGAGACGAAAGACGAACCGACAGAGACUAGAGCAUGCUUUCGAUGUGGCAGAAGAGCAGUUGGGCAUUGCCCGACUCCUGGACGCCGAAGACGUAGACGUGGACAAGCCAGAUGAGAGAUCCAUCAUGACAUAUGUGGCGCAAUUCCUGCACAAAUACCCUGAACCUAAGACUACAGGCCCAGAUGCAGUCGCAGCUGUGCAAGAAGAAUACGAAAUACUACGAGCAUGGCUUGCCGAACGUGUCAUCACAAUACAACGGCAAUACGACUCCAGAACACUUUCAAGAAACUACCAUGAUUAUCUUCUAGCAGAAACUGAGCGAAUUGCUCGCGAACCGCUGUACCGCAAGCUGGAGAAACUCAUGUACACUCAGAGUCUCGUUGCAAUUGCACCAAGUUCGUGGCGCGAACUUGUUUCACUGUGGAUCGAACUUGAAAGGCUUCAUAGAAGAUGGCUGUGGCUACUCGAUUCAGAUUUACCAGGUGAUUUCAGAAAUAUUGGCGAAUGGCUCGCUAGAGCUGAAUACCUUUUAUAUUUCGACGAAAUACCUACAGCAUUAGAUGAAAGAACAGCUGCUGUUAUCAGCGAAAAACUUGAAGAGCACGCUGCGUUUUUCGUUGAUUUGCCUGAAGUUAUUGACCGGUUUGAAGCCGCUCUUAGGUCACCAGAAGCAUCACAGAUUCCCCCCGAAAGACUGCAAAAUAUUAAAGAUCGUCUACACACUGUCAAUCAUGAUGCUCCACAAAGAAAAGCAAGAUUAAAGUAUCUGGAACAUAAAUGCUGCAUCGUUGCAUUCACGGAAUUAACGAAGGCUAAAUUAGCCACUUGGACCGGCAAGUACGGUCGAAUCGAUCAUGUUCGUGCCUUAUUAGAAGAUUACGACAAUUUUGUUACGAAAAAUAGGAUAUUCCAAGAAUUUGACCGAGCUUACGUAGAUAUUAAGGAAGUAGCGGAAGAAUAUAAGAGAGUGUGUGAAGUAGAUAGGACUGAAGCGAGAGAAAUUGAUGCGUUUUUGAAAGAUGUAUCCGAAACUUGGAAACGUGUAGCUUCUGAGGUGAGAUGUGCUAGAAGUGUACUUGAAGAAGUUGUUGCUCAUUGGGAGAGAUGGGUGAUGAUAUCUGAUCAGUUUACUACUUGGUUAGACAAGGCACAGCAUAUGUUACGAGUGUCUGAAGAUGAGAGAUUAGAAUUCUUCCAUGAUUUGACUGUAUGGAAAGAGAGGCAUCAGAUGUUGGGUGAUACUGCAGGAUUUCUGGCAGCCACAUGUACAGAAGAACAAUGUUCAGAAGUCAAGAGAAAGUACGUAGAAAUAACUGAGAGAUGGGAGCGAAUUUGGGAAGAGGCUGAGCGUUACGUCCGUGGAGGUGAUGCCCUAAGACAUCGCCGGGAGUUGGCUACCGGGAUUCAAACCUUGGACUCAUGGCUGAUUACUGCGGAUAAUCUGCUAUCACGGCACCCUCGGGCCAAUACUGUGGAUAUACAAACUUACAUCGAUCAGUUGUUGCAGCUUAACUCAGAGGUUGAGCAACAUGAAGAAUUGUUCAAAUCUAUAAGCAGAACAUUCCAAAAUGCUAUCGCCGAUCUUCCCCGGGAUGAAGUAGAAGCCAACAUGUCGAAGUUGAAGCAACAAAAAGAGGCUCUAGUGAAAGUGAGAGCAAUGGUUCCUGUAAAACUGCACCAAUUCAGGCAAUUAUUGGUGCAACACGAAUCACUGGAGAGUGGACAAAAAGAGAUCAGUCACUGGUUAGAUAAAGCUGAACAGACAUUGAGAACUACAACUGAAACGAGACGCGAGGUGAUAGAAGAAACCUAUGAGAUCCACCGCACUUUCUUCUCUCGCACUACGUACUACCGCUCGAUGUUGGAGAGUAAGAACAAGGUGUUCCAAAAUAUCGUGCGAGCUGCUGAUGACGACAAAAGUGCGGAUGUCUCCGAACAACUGACUCUAAUGAAGGAUCUUAAUGACAGAUUCGCGUACGUAUCAUCGGAGGCAACCCGUCGAGAAGCCGAUCUUCAGCGAUUAGUUCGCGCGUGGGACGAGUUCGAAAUGAAGAAGCGAAGUGUCGAGGAGUGGGCCACGAGAGCUGAGGCUCUACUUGCAGACACCAGGGCUGACAGCAAGCAGGCACUGGACUUACACGAGCGGUUCUUCCAUGGCGCUGAUGAAAGAGCUGUCUCUGAGCUGGUCCGCUCCGGAAGGGAGCUUGUUGAGUUGGUCAAAGAGGAAGAUAGACCCAAAAUAGUAAGAACUGUUGAAGAGUUGCAGAGAAGAUGGAAAGGUCUUCUAGAACAAGCACCGCCACACCUCAUGAGAAUGGAAUUCAAACUUGAUGAGACGAUAUUCCACCACUGCAUCAAAGAUAUUGACAAGGAGAUCGCUUAUGAAGAACAAGCGUUCAACCAGAGUGAUGACGCAGAUGGCAUCUUACUACGAAACGAGGAGUACUUCCGCAAGCAAGGCAAGAUCUUGCAAGUGGAGCAGUGUCUCCAGAAUCUCAGCAAGAUUGCCACCAGCUACACGCAUCAGACUGGAGAUGACAGCCUGCAGCAAGUUCUAAGAAGAUGCGAACAAGAAUGGGAAUCAACAGUUCACAGAGUAGAAAACUUCCGGCAACAACUACAGCAGAUUCCUGCGAAGUGGGAGUCGUAUAGAUUAAGGUUCAAAGAAAUGGAAAGGUGGAUGGACCACGUCGACAAAACAAUGGACAGCAUCGUGCGAGAGGUCGACUCAGCUGAAGCAUUUGAAAGGGAGAAGACUGUUUUCCAGAAUAUAUGUCGCGAGGCUGAUCGCAAACGAGAAGAUAUGAAAUGGCUUGUUCAAAAUCUCGACAUGCUUUCUAAUCACUGUUCGGACAACGAAGCUCAAGAAGAACAAGUCAAAUUAGAAAAUCUAAUUGCAAGAUACAAGAAUCUCAUACCGACUAUAGAAAUAACAAUGAUUAAGACUGAAACAUAUACAAGAUGUUACACAUACCGUCGCGAGGUACAUGAAGUGAUCUGUAUUCUAGAGAAUGCGAAGAAACAGGCUAUGGUAGAGCCUGAACCACAAUCUUUGCAACAAGUUGAGCAAAUGGUUGUAGAACAGCAGGUUGCGGUACAAAAACUGGAUAGACAGCGUCCAUCAGUAAUGUCCAUGUUACAGCGUGGAAAGGAUUUAAUAAAAGAUGCAAAUGCACCGGCAUUUGUAAGAGAAGAUGUAAGAAACCUUGAGUCAGGUUGGAAUGUAGCCUAUGAGUCGAAUAACGAUCGUCUCUAUAAGCUUCGUGAUACUCAAAAAGUGUGGUCAAGUUAUGAAUAUCAAAAGGAGGAAUUGUUAUCUGACAUUGAUAAAAUCGAAAGUUAUAUUGCCCAUCCAGGCUUGGAACUCGGUGUAACUAAUGUAAAACGUGAACUACAAGAAACAAAAUCAGUUAAUACUGAAUUGGAAAAAGCCAAAGUCGAUAAACUUCCCCAGCUACAAAAAACAUACGCUGAGUUGCAGAAGCUAACAGCUAACAAACCAAAACCAAUCAUAGAAAAAGAUUUAGAGACAAUUGGAAAUAAAUUGGAAAGAGUGCAAAGUGAGGUUAGCACUAAGAUGGUACACUUGGAGAAAUUCAACGAAGAGUAUAAUAAGAUUGAGCAAAAGUUAGAACACGUCAGACAAUGGAUAAAAAGAGAGAGCCCUGCAAUUAUUUCACAAAUUCGAUCCGAAAAUAUAACGCCAGAAGAACGUGUUGCUAAAUCCGAGACUUUGCAAAAGCUUAUAUCUGAAAAAAUGCAUGUUAUAAGAAACACUGCUGAGGAAGGUUUUAAAUUAGCUGUUGAACACCACGUACCAGAUUCUAAUAAAUUGAAAGGGGAUGUUAUUCUUUUAGAAAAAAUGUUAAGUGAUCUACAAAACUCAACAGAACAACAGACAAAAGUUGUUCAGCAUGAUCUUGCAAGUUGGCAAAAGUAUCAGAAAGGUGUUUCUGAAAUAAAGCCUUGGAUUGAAGAAGUAGAGGUCAAGUUGAGUACAUUACCGAAACCUACAACUUUACCAGAAGCACAACAACUACAACAACAAUCAAAAGCUCUUAUUGCUGAUUGUGAAAAACAGCUUACUAACUUACAAAUAUUAUCAAGUGUAAGCCAUCAAUUAUCAGGAAAAACAAGUGCCCCAGAUGAAGUUGACGCUAUCCAUUCUCGUUGGGCAGUUAUUCAUGACCUAGCUGAUCAAUGGAAUAACAAACUCGAAAAGUUGGUUUCCAAUUGGGAAAAUUAUGAAAAGGAAGCAGAACAAUUAGAAACAUGGAUUGAAAAUGGAGAAAAAUUAAUAAACAGUCGUACUAUCAAUGUUGAGACACCACAAAUUGAAAAAUUAGAUCGAGAACUUAAUAAACUCAAGUCAUUUGGAAACGAGAUUUCCCAACAACAAGCUAAAGUUAUUACAUUGUCUCAGUCUUGUGAUAAUAUUUGCCAUAAUGUUCAACCUGAAGGAGCUAAUUUACUUAAAACAAAAGUGUCUGAUAUCAAACAACGAACCAAUAAUCUGGCAGAUACAGUUAGAUCUAAAAUAAAUGAUAUAUCUGAUAAAAUAAUUAUUCGUCAAGAGUUUUUAGCUAAAUUACAUAGCUUUGAUACCUGGAUUAACGACUUUCGAAGGAAAACUGAAAGCAUGGAUCAGAUAAGCUCAGAUAAAGUUGAACCAACAGUGCAAUCCAUGCAUGUACUUCUACAAGAACAUGCAGCUAAGGCUCCUGAGUUUGCCGAAAUUUAUAAUGAAGUAAAGAAUAUGACCCUAGCAUCCCAUCCAGAAGAAUCGCGUUCAUUAAGUGAUACAUAUUCCAACAUUGCAGAACAUUAUCAAAUGAUUGAAAGUGGUAUACAACAAAAUAAAAAUUUAUUAAUGAAAUGGUCAGAUCUCUUAAACUGGUAUGAAGAUAAUAAACAGCAACUUAAUCACAUCCAAUAUCAAAUAGAAGGACCUAAGCUUACUCCUGAAUCUUACGAAGUGCUUCGUCAAGAGCUUGUAAACAUUAUUACCAAAAUACCAGAAUGGAGAAGUAAUGUAGCAUUAUUUGACGGCCCUUCUAAAGUUAGAGUUACAGAUCAACAUACAGGACGAAUUAUAUUACCUUCCAAUUUAGUAAAGGAAAUUGAAACUAAAGCAGAGACAUUAUUAAGCCAGGUAACAACUAAGCGUGACAUUGUUCAAAAAGUGGGUGAUAGAUGGGAUAAGUUUAACAUGCAACAAAAAGCUCUGAAUCAAACUUUACAAGAUAUACAAACAUCAUUAACUGAAAUGACUCAAAACCACAUGCCUCUUACUGACUCUGCUAUUCAAGAUAUGACUGAGAAAUUAGAUCAAAUAGACACCCGGAUGAAAGAAAAACUUCCAGUAAGAAAAGAUUUUAGAGAAGAAGGUCUACAUUUGAUGCGUGAAGAUCAACCGAAUAUGGGAACUAUACAAAAUGCAUUAACAGCAGCGGACAAUAAUUGGGAUCAAUUAGUCAAUUCAGUUCGAGAUACUAAAAAUAAAUAUAUUCUGCUAUCAUCUACGCUGCAUGAACUUAAAAACUUCACUGAAGCGUUUGAGAGAGAAAUGAAGAGAGCAGAACAAUUCUUUAGUGAGAGUAAAGAUACAUCAAAUGAUUAUGUACAAACUUCUCAAAAUUUGGAUAAAGCUAAAAAAUCGUAUGAACUUUUGAAGCGUUCUAAAAGCUUAUUAGAUCAAAUGGAUGUUAUAAAGCAGUCUAUUUUGAAACAAGCAUCUUCCUUAGGUGGAUUUAAUACAACUCCGCUUGAAGAAACAUAUUUGAAUUCUCAAACUCAAUGGGAGAGAGUAAAUGACAGUGUUAUUAAAAGAAUACAAGACUUAGAAUCACAGUUACUAGUUUGGAGGCAAAUAGAUGACAUAAAGAAUCAAGUUGUUCAGUGGCUAAGUGAAACUGGUCAAAAUUUAGCAAAUGCCUGUGAUAAUAUAGAAAUAAGAUUUGGACAGAACCACUUAACAAAAUACAAAGAGGAACUUCCUAUUUAUGAAGCCUUGAAAAAUAGUAUAUUGACUAAAUGUGAACAAAUAAGUAACCUUAAUAAAAAUAUACCUGUCAGUCAAGUAUCCUCGAUUGUUGAAUAUCUUAAUAAUGAAUUUGAUGCUUUAAAAACAUUAGCAAAUAACUUGGAGGGCGCUCUUUCUUCUCUCGAAUCUAAAGAAAAUAAGUAUAAGAACAGUAUUAAGGUUUUGUCAGAUAAAAUAAGUAAGAUUCGAGAUGAUGUUGUUAAAUGUGAUGACAUGUCAGGUGAUAACAUUAAAAUAUUAGAUCGAUUAAAAAAGUGCCAACUUUGUAAAGUUGAGCUUCAAAAUUUAAAUGAGGAAAUUGAUAACUUGGCACAAAAUGUUUCGGAAAUGAAUAUUAAUUACCCUGGAUUUUAUGAAUCGCUUGUACCGAAAGAGCUUAGUAAUCUUCAGAAGAGAUAUGAGAACGUUUUAACACAUGCUAAUAAAACUGAAACUACUUUAUUGACAUUUUUACAAAAAUCUUUCACUGAUAAGUUAAAUAUGUUCAACAGAAAUCUGAAAAUAUUAGACGAUAAAGCACGGUGGUGUAUGCCUGAUGUUUCCAGUGAUAAAUAUAAUUUGGAGGUCAAAUUUGCAGCAUUAGAAGAUGUUGAAUCUGGAAUUUCAGAUUGUAAUAAUAAAAUGAAAGAGCUUAAAGAAGCCUGUGAAACACUUCGUAUUGUUGCUGAGCCAGCUAGUGCCCAAGAAGCUAAUGUUCAAACUGAUAAAGCUAAGAAAAAUUUGGAUGUGUUAGCUUCAAACUAUGAUGAAAUUAAAAAAAGAUUGCAGGAAAAUAUUGAAUCAUGGCAAGCAUACGAAACUUUAUCAGAAAAUGUUUCUGAAUGGCUUAGAGUCAAAGAAAAUGAAGUGCGAUUAGAAGUAACAAAUCUAAGUGAUCUUAAAGAGAUUGACUCAAAAAUCGCGAAAAUCGAGUCUCUCAACGAUGAAAUACAGUGUUUUGAAAAUGAAAUCGGAAAACUUUCAGAAAUAGGAGAACAAAUAUUGUCUCGGAAUCCUGAUUCACGAAUUUCACAAUACAUCAAUCAUUUACUAAAUAGAUAUCAAGCAGUUAGUAAAUUUACAGUAAACCAUCUAAAAAGGUUGAAAGAGCUGAAUAAAGGUAAGGAUAAAUACGGUAAAUUAACGAAUGAUUUCAAGGAUUGGUUGAAAGAUGCUAACAUGAAGAUAUCCGACCUAGCGACAAUGAGUAAACAUUCUAAACCAACUGUAGCUGAUUUAGAUGAAUUGAAAAAAUUAAGCGAUAAUAAGGAUAUUGGUCAAAAGCUCUUAAAUAGUGUAAUUGAAUCAGGUGAGUCCUUAUUUAGUGGAAUAAAUCCUGAAGGUCGUGAAGAAAUCAGGAAUGACCUAAGAGCACUUCGUGAUUAUUUCGAAAAUUCAGUUGAAUCUCUAAAUAAUGUUAUUAAGGACAUUGAAACAACUCUCAACAAGAGAUCAUCAUUUGAUGACACCUUCAAUCAAGUUCAAAAAUGGAUCAGUGAAAAAGAAAUGGAAUUGGGUGAGUUUAAAUUACUGCCGAACUUGCCGGAUAAAAAAGGUCAAUUACACUCAAAUAAAUUGCAAUACCAAGAAGUUGAUUUGCAUCAGACUAUACUACAACAGCUGACUGAAAAAAUCAAAUUAAUGCCCGAUGAAGAAGCAGAGAAAAGUCUAAAUAAGACUAUUGACAGAUAUUCAAACUUAGCAAGAGAAAUAACAAAUAGGAUUAGCACUUAUGAAAAACACGUUACUGAUCAUGAAAAAUAUGUUCAAAUGUAUGAAGAAACACGUGAUGCUAUAAACCAUAUUUUAGGUGAAAAUAGCAUCGUGCAUUAUGGAGUCGGUUCGCAAAAAGAUGACAUACAAAAUAAAUUAGAUGCUAUUGAAAAGGUAAAUAUUAAAUCAAAAGAUAUUGAAAAAAGCCUUGAAUCUCUCAAGAAUCAAUUACACGUAGUAUUAGAAACAACAAGUCCAAAUGGUCAUCCAGUACUAAUAAGCGAGUUUGAACAAUUAAAAACAAUUUGGGACCAAUUCUCCUUAAGUUGUGACGAUCAAUAUAAGAAACUAAAGGAAAAUUUACAGCACUUGAAUGAAAGUCAAAAAACUUUAAAUGACCUUGAGGAAUGGCUAAAAACAAAAGAAAAUCAAGUGAGAGACCAAAGUCUGAAAAGCAAUUUAGAAGCCAAAAUUGCUCAUUUAGAAAAGGUCAAAGAAAUACAAAGAGAAAUGAAUUCAAAACAGCCAAGUUUUGCUGCUUUAUCCGAUAUGCAAAAUGCUCCCAGUGAAUCGGAAAUUGCUAACAAAAUUUCGAAGUUAGCAACUCGAUUUCAUACUUUAAAUAAUCUUAUCAAUGAAUCAAUUUCAAAGUAUGAAGUAUUUGUUUCGGAACACCAAGCGUUUGACAAUGAAUACGAGCACAUGGAAGAAUGGAUAGGAAAUAUGUUGGGUGAAUUACAAGAUCUAAAUGAAAUCGUUGGAGAUUACGCCGUUUUACAAGAAAAACAAAACAAAGCUAAGGAACUUUAUGAAUUAAGAAAUAAGAAAAGUUCAACUUUUGAAGAAUUUCUGAGUCUAGGCGAAAAACUCUACGCGCAUACAAGUCCUGAUGGCAGGGAAGAGAUUCGCCAAAAAAUACGAACAGUAAGAUCACUGUGGGACAGCUUUGGUGACAGUUUCCAAGAAACUGUGAAUAAAUUGGAUCAGUGCCUUUUACAAUUUUCUGACUUCUCCUUAGCACAAGAGCAACUUACAAAGUGGCUGAAAGAUGUAGAAAGAGCUAUGCAAAAGCACACCGAGCUUAAGGGCUCUUUAGAAGAAAAGAAAGCUCAGUUGCAAAAUCAUAAAAUUAUGCAUCAAGAAAUAAUGACGCACCAGCAACUCGUUGAAUCUGUUUGUGAUAAAGCUCAACAGCUUGUUGAUCAAACUCAUGAUGCAUCCUUAAAUGUCUAUCUACAAUCAAUAAAACAACUUUUUCAAAAUAUUGUCACAAAAUCACAAAACCUUCAAGAUAACCUAGAAGAAUGUGUUAAAAAACAUGAAGAGCUUUGUCUUCUUAUUCAGCAAUAUAAAGAAUGGAUUAAUUCUCAGUCGGAAAAAUUGAUGGACAUUGAAAAUGCUGCCGGUGAAAAACCAGAAAUUGUAAGAAAAUUACAAUGUGCACUGAGUUUAAUGGAUAUCGAAAAAGUAGGUUCUAGUAAACUUGAUAAUAUUAGAGCCGUAUUUUCAAAUGUAAGCAAAAGUACUUCUGAAGGAGGAAAUAUAUCUAUAAAAUCUGAGAUAGACAGCUUACAAGAUCAAUUGCAAAGAGCUGUAAGAGACAUAAACUCAUCUGAAACUAAACUGAAGCAAAUGCUUGAGGUGUGGCAUAACUUCGAAGAAUCUAUCGAAGGGUUAUCAGAAUGGCUAAAGGAUAUGGAAUCAAGAUGUCGAGAUCAAGCUCUUUGUUCAACUUUACAAGAAAAAGAAUCACAGUUACAAAAGUACUCAAAUUUACGCAAUGAUAUUAAUAAUAAAGAAAAAGAGAUUGAUACCUUUGUUGAUGAUUCUCACAGCCUUAUACAAAUGAGUCGAGUUGAGAGACUGAAACCACUGGUAACGCAAGUGAACAGUCGCUAUCAGCAGCUUCACUUAAUAUCAAAAGAAAUUAUUACUCAUUGGGCUGAGUUAGUAAAUGACCAUAAAAAAUAUAAACAAAUAAGUUCAGAGUUUGAUCAAUGGCUAAAGAUAUUAGAAGGACAAGUAUCUCAAAUGAUUGAUAAGGAAAAUGGACUUGAUAUAGAGAGCAAAGGGAGCAAAUUGCAGUUAUUCUUACUUGAAAAAGACAACGGUGAUCAUAAAAUAAGUAUACUUACUAAUGCAGCGGAUAAGAUACUACCAGAAACAGCAGCAUCUGGAAGAGAGAAUAUAAGAAUGGAAAUAAGGGACUUACGAGAACGUUGGGAAAAAUUUAACGAAAACAUUCUACAACAGCAAAAAGAAUAUGAAUCUCAAACGUUACAAUGGACUAGCUAUCAAGAAAUUCUUCAACAGACAUUGUCGUGGUUAGAUGAAAAAGAAAAAGUGAUUGAUAAUGAAUCAAAAGCUAUACUUAAUUCUGCACAAGAAAUAAAAAGCAAAAUAUUAAAACAAAAAACAUUGCUGCAAGAAAUUAACUCUCAUAAAAGAGUAAUAGAAACAGUAACAGAGAAAGCAAAAUUAGUUGCGGCCAAUUAUCAGUCAAGCACUGAAGAUCAUGAUAAAAUGGAUUGUACUAUAUCAUCAAUUUGGGAUCGAUACAAUAUCAUAACAAAAAGAUUAACAGAGUUAAUCGAUAAGCACGAAAAGUCAUUUGAUAUUUACGCUAGGUUCGCUGAUCAACAAAAAUCUUUACAAGAUUAUCAAAAGAACUUGUGGGAUAAAUUACAUCAUUUGUCAGAUUUUACCGGAACUAAAGCUGCCUUACAAAGCAAAAUUAUUAAAAUUCAAGAGCUUCUUGAUGCUAUACCGUUUGGAACCAAUAAAUUAAAAAUAUUAUCUGAUCUCUUGGAUAACAGUAGCGAUGCAUUAUCACCUCGUGGAAAAGAAGGAAUGUUCCGCGAAUUAGGCAUAUUGAAAGCCGACUUAGAUAAGUACACAACUGCAAUUUACGAUGUCAAGCGUGGAAUAGAAGAAAAAAUUCAGCAAUGGGUAGAAUUUGAUGCGGCCAAUGACCGUUUGCAGCAUUGGCUAACUGAUACAGAAGUGAUUCUUAAAACUUACACACCAAAAGCCACACUCGAGGAAAAAAAUGAUCAACUACAAAAAUAUCAGGAUUUAAAUAAAGUGAUUGAAAUUCAUGACAGUGAUUUGAUUGCUGUUAUUAAAAUGGGUGAAUCCUUGGACGAAGCUAUAUUAGCCAACCUAAAGAAGGCCGAAAAUGAUGUUGAUAAGGUUAGCGAUGAAUUUAGUGAACUCAUUGAAAAUUGUCAUGAUACAAGAAUAACGAUGAAUCUUCAGCAAAUGACAUCACGUUUUCAAUCAAUAAACUCAACUGCUAAAGAAUUAGUUAAAAAAUGUCAACAAGCGGUGAAUGACCAUAAUGGUUAUUUAGAUAAAUACAACCAGUGUCUUGAUUGGAUAAAAGCGGCUCAAUACAAGUUCGAUGAAUGUAAAAAGGAUUCAUCAAGUACGCCUGAAGGAAUAAACAUAAAACGUGAAUGUAUUAAUGAUCUUUUAAGCCAACGUCGAAAUGCUACUCUUCUUGUCAACAAUACAUUUGAAUUAGGUGAGAAACUUUAUCCAUCGACCUCGCCAGAAGGAAGAGAAAUUAUUGAAACUCAAUUACAAGACAUACAGCAAGCCGUGGAUGGUCUUUACGAUAAUAUAUCAAAGGUAGAAAGAGAUUUGGACUCUGAUAUGAGUAAGUGGUCCUCGUUUGAGGAAAAACUCAAAAAUGUUAAGGAUUGGUUAUCACAAGCUGAACGAAAUCUACCCAAAGAAAUACAACUGAAAGCAACUUUAGAUGAAAAAAGAAAUCAGUUAAACGUUUACAGAGAUUAUCUUCAAGAUGCUCUUUCACAUCAACAAGAUAUAUCUGAAAUAUUGAUAAACUCAGAAAAUUUACCAGAUAUAUCAGAGGAUAUGAAAAAAGAUAUAAAAACUUUGGAGAAGAGGCAUGAAACAAUUCUUAAGAGAGCAAAGUCAUUUGUUGAACAAUAUGAAGCUAUUGUCAACAAUCACCAACAAUACACUAAAGCUGUAAUGGAAUUACAAGAAUGGGUAGAGGCAACUCAUAAUACAGCGCAACUUUGGGGUGAUGUGAAUCUUGAAAGAGUUUCAUUGAGCAGUAAUUGUGAAAAAUUAAAAUCAUUGCAAAUAAAUUUACCAGAGGAGAAAAACAGGAUCGACAAAAUACGUACUAUAGGUGAAAAAGUUUUACCUGGCACAAUAACUAAUGGACAAACGAAUAUCAGAAACCAAAUCGAUGCAUCUCAUCAAGAAUGGGAGGGUUUGGUAUCAUAUAUAAGUAAGAAUAUAGAGUCCCUUGAAAAUAAAAUUCAGCAGUGGAAUGAAUAUGAAGAUAUGAAAGAUCAGUGCUUGGCUUGGAUUAGGAAUACAGACAAUCAGAUUCAUGCUGUUGAUUUAAAAGCCACUUUACAAGAAAAACAAGAACAGUACAAUAAAUUUCAAGAGCUUCAAGGUGAAGUACGAGCUAAGGAGUUGGAAAUUGACAAUAUUACUGAAAGAGCGCAACAAUUGUACACAGGAGUCCUUGGCUCUCGUGGCUCACAAAUAUCUGAUUUGACUGUGAAAUAUCAGGGACUAUGUCAGAAAGUUAAAGACUUGGCCCAAAGAUGGCAACAUUAUGUUAAAACACACCAAGAGUUUGCUACUAAAGUGACAGAAUGUUCACAGUGGAUCGAGGAAUUGAGAGAUAAAUUAGACUUUUGCUCUGAUCUUGGUUCCUGUUCUCAAGAUGACUUGGAAACUAAGCUGGUAUUAAUACAAAACUUAUUGCUCACCAAAGAUGAAGGUUAUACAAAAGUCCAAUCAUUAGUAGAACUAGCGCAAAACGUUAUGGCUAAUACCGCCCCAUCCGGGCACGAAGCCAUAAACAAUUCUUUAGUUAGUCUGCAAGAACAAUGGACUGCCCUUUUAUCGCGAAUGAUCGAAACAAAAAACUUGCUAGAUGAUUCCGUAACAAAAUGGGCUGGAUUUUUGGAGCAAAUCCAGCAAAUAGAAAAAAGUAAUAUCUGGUUAGAAACUAUGUUAGAAGAGCUAACACCAUUUGAAUCAUCAAUUUCUGAUAAGAGAAAUCAAUUGGAAAAACUUAAGGAGGUCGAAGAAAAAGCUCGUUGUGAUCGUUUGGAAGUAGAUAAUUUAAAAUUUAAAGCAAAUGAAAUGGUUGUUAGUGGACAACAAAAUCAAGUAGCUUCAAAAGCCCAAGAAACAUUAAGUAAGUUUGAAGUGUUGUAUGACAAAAUUAAGAAACUAUUAACAGACCGUGAAGAACAGUGCAAAGACCACAGAUUGUAUAAGGAGGCUCAUGACGAGUUAAUACAAUGGCUGACAAGAGCGAGAGAAAAAGUUCCUUCACUAAAAUCCAAGCCCUUAAGUGACAAACUAGCAAUUGAAAAUUCUGUUGCGCCUCUUGAUGCACUUAUCAAUAAACAAGCUCAAGGUGAGCUUCUAUUAGAGCAUUUACAGCACACUGGUGAAGUUGUUCUUGCAAGUACGUCACUAGAUGGACAAAUCAUUAUCAAAAAUGAAAUGAAAGCUUUGAAAGAAAGUUUUGACCAUCUGUUCAAUGAGAUCAAACAACAAAAGAGCCAAUUAGAGGACGUAGUUAAUCAAUGGAGAGAGUACAAAGAUGAGUAUGAAAGAAUUUCGGACUGGUUACAGCAAAAGGAAAUAUUGAUAAAAAAUCAAAAAGUAACAUUGCUCGGAACAUCAAAAGAAAAAGGAAGCCAAGUUAACGAAGUAAAAGAAAUUGUUGAUCAACUGCAAAAAGGUAAAUUUGACAUUGAAAGUUUCAAUGCUUCCGCUUCGGGUCUCUUAGCAUCACAUUUAGACACCUACGUUAAUAAUCAGCUAAGGCACUUAAACUCAAGAUAUCAAGUACUUGUCAAUAUGGCAAAUGAUGUUCUCAAGAAAGUUGAAACCAAUUACGAUCAACAUCAGGCGUACGAUAAUAACUAUUCAAAAACUAAAAAAUGGAUUGAUGAAGCUUGGGAUGUAACGCGAAAUGGAAGUGAGACUGGUGGUAAUAGUAGUAAAGAUGCACUACAAAAACGAUUAGAACAAAUUGAAGAUCUAAUGAAACGUCGCGAAGAAGGACAGAAUCUAGUUCAUGCCACAAUUAACAGUGGUGAGAAAGUAUUACGUAAUACGAGAUCCGAUGGUAAGGAUAAAAUUAAUACAGAAAUCAAAGAACUGCAAAAUGAUUGGGAUCGUCUUGUCAAGAAAAUGAAUACAGCAAAAGUACAUCUUGAAACUGCAUUGUUGCAAUGGGCUGAUUAUAGUUCUAGUUACUCACAACUUCAACAGUGGAUCUCUGACAGGGAAGCAAAAUUACAAGAAGUAUGUGAGCUCAAAAUUGCCAAAUCAAAAAAAGGACAAGAUCGACUUGCUGGUCUUACAACAGGCCUAAGUCUAGGUGAAAGAAAAGCAACUUUACGACAAACAAAUAAUAUCGUUCAAGAUAUUGUUUCUUUUGAACCAAUGAUUCAGUCAGUAACUUCAAAGGCUUCAGAAUUAAUGCAACAAGCGCCAGCAUCAGAAAUAACAAGUAAAUAUGAAAACUUGUCGAAGCAAGCAAAAGAUUUAUAUGAAAAACAAAAAGAAACUGUGGAACAACACCAAGCCUUUAUUGAUGCCGGAACAGACUUUGUUCAAUGGAUAAGAGCUGCAAGAGAAAGACUUGGAAAAUGUUCAGAUGCAACAGGUGACAAAGAAUCGUUGGGUAGUAAAAUAUCCCAGUUAAAGGUGUUGGAAAGUGAAUUACCUGAAGGACAAAUAAAAUUACAAAAGGCUCUAGAGUUGGGAGAGAUUUCUUGUGGACUUGCUGAUGACGAAGAUCGUGAGGAAAUCGAAGAAGAAGUAGCCCUUUUGCAAGAAGAAUAUGACUCAUACGUUGAACAAUUGAACAACACCAAGGCUCUUGUUGAAGGCGGUAUCGUUAAAUGGACUGAAUAUGAAGAACAUUAUAAGGAAGCCUUAGAAUGGUUAUCCAAAACUGAACAAUUAGUCCAAUCAUUUAAUAAAUUACAAAAUAAUCUUGAACAAAAGAAAAUUGUGCUGGAAGAGUUCCAAGGUCACUUGCAAACAUUAUUUGAUUGGCAAGGAGAAUUAGAUAAACUUAACAUGCGUGCCCAAACAUUAUUAGAGACAUGCGCUGAUACAAGAAUCUCCAAUGGCAUCACUCAGCUUACAACAAAAUAUAAUGCAUUGCUUUCAUUAGCUAAAGAAGUAAUGAAACGUUUGGAGCUACACUAUCAGGAACAUCAACAACAUAAUGCUCUUUAUAGCGAAUGUCAAGAUUGGUUGGAUAGAACUCGGGAGAAAUUAAAUCAAUGUGCAGAAAUACCAAAUACCCUUCAAGAAGUUAAUAAUAAAUUAAACACUGUGAAACUUUUGCGUCAGUCGCUUGAACAGGGACAGAAUAAAUUAAGAUAUUUACUGGAAUUAAAAGAGAAAGUCAUCAUGAACACAGAACAAAGUGGUGCAGCUAAGAUUCAAGAAGAUACAGAUAACUUAAAACAAGAAUUCGACAAGCUCAUAGCGGAACUACAAGAUGUUCGUAACAAACUGACAAGUAGAGCUGCUCAAUUCGAUGAUAUCAUGAAGGUUCAUAAAGUGCUUCAGGAGUGGCUAGAUGAUACUGACAAAAAAAUACAAUCAGAUGAUUCACUCCUGAAUGAUCUGUCAGAGAAAAAAGCAAAAUUAGAAAAAUUCAGAACAUUUAAAAGAGAUGUUGACUCGCACAAAGAUCUUGUUAACAAAUUAAAGGAAAAAGUAGAUGAAGAUGCAUCUCUCAGAACCAAAGAAUUCGAUAACACUCUACAAAGAUACGAUGAUGUUCAAGUUGCUGUUAAUGAUAUGAUAACGAAACUUGAGGAUUACGUUAAUUCACAUAUACAAUUCAAAGAAUCCUACGACCGUUUCUAUGAUUGGAUUAGAAAUUGCAAAAUUGAGAUUCAACAAUGUGCUGAUUCUCAUGGUGAGAAAGAAGAAGUAAUAAAGAAACUUAAGAAAGUAAAUAAAAUAAUAAAUUCGUUACCCAAGGGUUCCGCUUUACUAGAGAAAGCGGCAUCGCUCAGUGAAUCUGUGAUGGAAACAACAGGAAAUGAAGGAAAGGACAAUAUAAAUCUGGAAAUUAAACAACUAAAUAUAGAAUGGGAGAACUUACAGCAAAUUUGUAAGGAUACGAAAAAAAUGCUUGAGAAAUGUUUAUCUGCAUGGUCUGACUACACAGAAACUUCAGAAAAAAUGAGUAAAUGGGUAAAAGAUUUCAAAGCUAAAUUGAAUAAUGUACAAAAAGAAGACAAAAUUACGCCCGAGUACUUAGCAAAGUGUCGUGAUCUAUUAUCGGAAGCACUUGCCUACAAACACGUAUUGGAAGAACUCAAUGAUAGAUGUGAAAAUCUAAUGGAACAGAGUGCUUGUACCUGGGUCAGAGACAAAACCGUAAAUUUGCAAACAGAAUAUACUACAUUGUUAACGAGAAUUCAGAGCUUGGUUUCAAAUGGAGAGAAGAACCUUUCUGACCACACAGAAUUUAUUAAAGCCAAAGAAGAUUUACAAAAAUGGCUUGAAACAGCUCAUGGGACAGUUCAUGAUUCAAUCGGUGUGGGUGAUAUUGACACUAUGAAGGAUAAAUUAGAAACUGUGAAGCUUGUCACUAACAGGAUGACAGAAGGACAUCAUUUACUCGUAAUUUUACAAGAAGCGUUUAAGAAAGCACUUAAUAAUACUCCUCCUGAAGAGCAAGAUUCUUUGAGAAAUGACGUGACUGUACUACAAGAAAGUUGGGAUCAACUUAAGAUUGAUUUGAACUCAAUUACUGCUCAGUUGAAAGCAGCUAUUGGUAAAUGGGAAGACUUUGAAGAUUCUAAAGGAAAAAUAAAUAAAUGGAUUGAAGAGACUACGCUUAAUAUUGAUAAUGUUCCGUCUACUGGUGGUGAACUUGGAGAAAUGAAAACAUUACUUGAAAAAUACAAACAUGUAGAGGAAGGAAUAAAUAACAAAGUACCGGAGUUAGAUCGUAUUAAAUGUGAAGCAGCGGAGUUGAGUAGUUGGGCUAGAAAACCAGCUGUUAAGGAAGCUGUAGCAGAUAUUGAAAAGAAAUGUGAACUGUUGCGUGCAAAAUGUGCUGCUAAGAAAGCGGACCUCGAAGCUGAAAUAAAAGACUAUAAUCAAUAUUAUCAGUCUCUACAAGAUACCGAAAAAUGGUUGUUACAAGUAUCAUUUCAACUUAUGGCUCAUAAUUCGCUGUACAUUUCUAACAGGGAACAAACUGAAGAACAACUUGCUCAACAUGCAGUUUUACUGGAUGACAUACAAAAGUAUCAAUCUACUCUUGAUCAAUUAGAAGCAAAAGGCCGUGCGCAAAUUGAAAAGUAUGAAGCUACAACACCAUCAAUUAGAGAAACGGUUAAUAAACAACUUAAAAAUGUAAACGACAGUCACAAGAGUUUGUUGGCAACUGCGUUACAAAUCGAACGGCGUCUUAGAGAAGGACUUGCAAAAUUCAAAGAAUAUGAGGAUACGUUGGAGAGUAUACUGAAUAAUUUGGAUGAAUGUGAGCCUGCUAUUACAGAGUUAGACGUACCGGUUGAUGGACUGACACACGGGCGAGAUCUGCUUGAGAAGGCUAGGACACUUCAUAAUCGACUCCAAACGGAAAAGAGUCGCUUAUCGGCAGCGGUCGCGGCCUGUAGCGCAGCAGCUGCCUCAGUUUCCCGUCCAUCAUCACCCGCAGAUAGCGCACCACUUCCGAUUCCUCCUAGAGAGCUCCACGUUAGAGCACGACUUGAAGACCUUAUAGACCAGAAACACAUAAGUGAGGUGAGCAGCGCACGAGUUGAUGUUUUGCUAAAGAAUGUCGAAACACCCGAGUUUGCUGAGAAAUUAGAUUCCUUCGAAAAGAGGGUUCAAAGCAGCUUAGAAACAUUGCGAGAAUCAGUCCAAGCAAUGGAAGAAUCAAUGAAACAACUAUUGGAGAUUCAGGACUGGGUCAAUAUCCAGAAAAGUUUGGCAAAUGAUUGGCUCACUAAUCCAUCCAAGCUCCGUCCCGAUGCAGCAAAACAAGAUAUAGCAGCCAUGAACGAUGCACUGUCAUCGGUUGCUGAGAAGAGAAACAGAUUACUAGCUGAAAUUCCUACGGAUGGUCUAGAAGAUGAGAUCAAUUUGGAGGAUGAUUUGAACGAUCUUGAAAAAUUAAUUGUUCAAGCUAUUGAGCGAGAAAAAAAUAAUCAAGGCGUCAUCGAUGACUUCCGGCACAGAUGUCAAGAAAUUCAUGAUUGGUUUGAUACAGUAUUGAAAAAGAUGUGUCUAGCAGAUAAGGGAUCCGGCCUACCUUGCCCUCAAAAGUUGAAUGCAAUCAAGGAACUUGCAUCAGAGUUCGAACAAGCAGGAAACAACAAAGUUGAAACUAUGAAAGAUAUUGGUGCAAAAGUUAUUGAUAUUGUUAGCAACCUCGAGUCUCAGCAAGUGGAAGAACAGAUGAAAUCUAUAGAAAGAAGAUAUAAUGACAUAACCAAGCGCAUUCAAAGAAAAGUGCAAAUGCUUGAAAUAACUUAUAAUGCAAUCGAUGGAACUAAAACUGAAGUUGCUACUCAAAACAAAUGGAUGCAAAAGCAAAUUGAUGAUAUACAACACCCUGAAACUUUGGGCUAUGACAGCAAAUCCGUAAAAGAAAAACAGAAAAAAAUGGCCAGUCUUCUUAAAGAAACUGAUGGUAAAAAGACAGUAAUAGAUUCAUUAGAUAAAAAAGUAAGCAAUAUUCAGUCAGAACUUGAACCAUCGGAGCAAAUCCAAUUAGAAUCAGAGCUGUCUGAAUUGUCAUUAAAACAGAAGCAGCUAGCUACACUUAUAAAACAAGAAAUCGAAAGGCUUGGUGGCUGUAUUGAAAUAAGAAAGAAGCUAGAAAGUGAUAUCGAAAAAGCUCGGAAAUGGCUAAAAACAAAACUAACAGAAAUUAAAAAAUUAGGAGGACCAGUACCAUUAGAAACUAAUAAGGUAGAAAAAGAUAUAGCAGAACACAAAAAAAUUCAAAAUGAUCUCGUUGAUUUCCAGAAUAACAUACUUAAUGAAGUUGUACGGCAAGGCAAUUCUGUAUCAAAAGAUUGUUCAAAUGAAAAUCGAGCUAAGCUUCAAAAUUUGCUCGAUGAACUUAAUAAAAUGUAUACAACUGCAAAGGUUGACAUUGAUGAUAAACUAGUAGGCCUUAACAAGUUAUUACAAAAAAGGAACGAAUUUGAUUCAGAUGUUUCAAAAUGUCAGGCUUGGUUAAAUGAAGCUGAGGUUGCAGCUACUCCCGAACUACGCACAACAACACUUCAAUUGCUAGAAGAACAAUUACUUAAAUUUGAAAAACUUUAUAAAGAAUCAGAAGCAAUUGAUAAAGAUAUUAGCAAAAUUAAGGACAAAUCUAAGGAUAUAAUGGUUUCCUUGUCUGAUUCAAAUAAGUUACAACUUAAAGAGCAAGUGAACGUAAUAUAUGAUAGAUUUGCAAGAAUAAGUGCUGUUAUUAAAGAUAAAAAGAAUAUUUUAACCAAACUUAUUCAGGAAUACAAAGAUGCUGCUGCCAAAAUUGCAGCUGCCUUGGAGUUCCUCCAUGAGAUUCAAAAUAAAAUAAAAGCACUUAAUAAGCCCAUUGGUAGUAAAGUCGAAGAUGUUCUACCAAUUAUACAUGCUUAUGAAUCCAUAUUAGAUGACUUAAAGAAAAACAAAACAAUGCUGAAUGAACUGCAAGGCGGAAAUUUGCAUGACUUACAGGAUAUCCUUGCAAAACAAGAUGAUUUGAUGAACACCAUUGAAGAACAAAUAUCUAGACUCAAACAACACCUAUUACUUCGUGAACACUUCUUUGCACUCGUGAAAGAAAUAGAAGACUUUAUUGCUAAGCAUACUGACCUCACAUCCGAAAUUGAAAAAUCAAGUGAUUCUUUAGAUGACAAGAUAAAACGGUAUGACGAUAUUAUUUUGAAAAUUCAAGGAUGCGAAGCGUUGUUAGCAACUGCAACCGAUAAGGGACAACAAAUAGCAGCAGAAGGAACUGUCAUAGACAGAAACAAUAUAACGGAGUUAUUACAAUCACUGAAACAAAAACUUCUAACAUUAAGAAGAACAGUUGAAUCUAAAAGACAAGAGCAUGAAAGAGCAGCGGCUGAACAUAAAAAGCUGGCAGCAGAUUUAUCUGAAAUAUUACAAUGGUUACAUGAUAAUGAAGCAAUCGUCCAUUCACGGCCACUACUUAGUAGAGAUGUUUCCAGUGUAGAUAAGAAACUCGCAGAACAUGUAACAUUAGCGAAAAACGUUCAGUCCCAUUUGGACAAAGUGACUGCAAUAACUGAAACUAUUAAGAACGAAGAUGGCAUACCUGGUACACUACUUGAAAUGAUAUCUGAUGGAAAUUCACUCAAAACAACGUUACCCAAUGAAUUAGCAAACAGAGAGAAACAUUUAAAAGACAAUAAAAAAUACAGACAACAAUAUGCACAGAUGGUUGAGAAGCUUAAUAUCUGGGUUAAUGAAGCUGAAGUACGUCUUACAAUGGGAAAAAAUGGAACGGACUUCGAAAAUAUUGAAGCUGAUUUGGAUGAACAUAAGUCCUUCUUUAACUCUUCGGAGCCUGAAAUGAAGGAAUUAGUUGGGAAAAAAAUUCAGGAUAUUGUAGAUAAAAUUUGGCCAUCAUUAACACCUUCAGAACAAGAAGAAUUAUCUAAAGAGCAUCAGAAACAUACUCAGCUUUUAAAGAACACUCUGAACUCGGCUAAGUCUAGACAAGCGCAGUUGGAACAAGAUUUAGAAAUCUGGAAGGACUUCUGUCAGCUCAUUGAGAAGAUAAGGGGAAUAUUGGACAAGAAUGAAGUGGAUGAUUCUCAAUUUAUAUCCGUUGACGAGCUCCGGCUACAUUUAGAGAAGUUAAACCAUGCCAAGAAUGAUCUUGAGAUCCAACAGCCGCUCCUGGACGUAGUUCGGGAGCGAGCUCGGGAGCUGAGCAGCGGUGCUGAUGCUGCAAGCGGUGAACGAGUGGAACAACAGACAAGAGAACUAGCUGAGCGCUGGGACCUGGCCUGCGAGGGUUUGGCGAAGCGCGCUGCCACAGCAGAUAACCAGCUACAUCGCUGGAAUCAACUCUUGGAGUCGCAGAGGAAUUUGGCAGCUGCCAUCACUGCCGCCAACGACCGGCUGAGGCAACUGAACAGCACUCCCGACACAAGGAGGAGGGCACUUGACACAAGACAUGCCCUACAAGAGCUACAAAGCGAAGUAUCAGGACUGGAAGAGAGCCGUGACGAUCUAGUGGAGCAUGCUGAUUUCGUGGUAUCCUUGCUCACACCACACUCCAAAGAAGUCGCUGAGGAGACGAGGAAAAACACCGCUGAACUGGUCGAAGCUUAUGAGAAAUUGCGACAGACUCUUGCGGCGAGACUUGCAGAUAUCGAUAAUAUUGUUUCCGAAUUCGAUCGUGUGGCUGAGAAUAUUGAAAAAUUCCGGCAGCAGAUCGAAGUGUACAUUGCGAAGGUUGGGACUUUCUACGUCUACGGGGAGGACAACGAGGGCGGUGUAUGUGACUUAGCUAAAGAGGUUUCAGAUUUAGUCAAUAAUACAAAAGCGUUUACGGAAGAUAGUCGGAAAAGAUACGGAGGCUCGGCGCCAGCUGACGUUGGACAAGAGUUAUCAGCUUUAGAACUAUCGGCAGAAUCAUUAGCUGCUGCCAUGGAGGAGAAGGAAAGGGAAUGGAAACGUGCACGGACCGCACGAACUGAUUACACAACAGAUGUAGAGAGUAUACAAGCAUGGGUGAGAGCUGCGGAACUCACUGCUAGAGAAAGAACUCUUCCUCCAGAACAAUACAAAGAGCGCUUGGUGACAACGAGAUCCGAAAUUCCAAGUACCGCGGAUCGAAUGGAAAGAUUAACACGUAACGCUCGUGCUAUAGUCGAAGGAAGCAGAGAUGCUGGGGAAAGACAAUUGAUUCAGUCAACAGUGAAUGCACUAUCAGAACAGUUUAGUGCUGUCUGUAGUGAACUAGAAGCAAGGCAGAGCGCAGUUGAAGAUGCUUGUGACGCUGUUGCCAGAUUCCUUGCUUUAUUGGAGAAAGUCCUACUUUGGGUGGAAACUCAGCGCGCUUUCCUUGCGCGGCCACUUCCGUUGGCCGAUUUGCAGGAGGCCCAACAGAAACAAAACGAAUACGGGAAUGCAUUCAAGAGCUGCAAGCAACAAGCUAAAAAUUUAGCAGACAUGGCUAAAGAAAUAGAAGCGAUCGAACGAGUCACGAGUCCAGGAGACUUACCUUCUAGAUUAGAAACUGCAGAAAAUUCCACAGUUGAUGUUGAGAAGAAAUUAGCCAAAACUAGUGGUUUAUUACAAGAACUUGCAGAAGAGUGGGAGAGAUGUGAGAAAAAAUUGAAAGACGUCGGUCACUGGAUUGAAGCCACAUCUAGAACGCUAGAAGCACCUCAGGGUGCAAAGAAACCACUCAGAGAUAGGCUUGCUCUGCGUGAAAAACUUAUUAAUGACAUAUCAACACAGAAAACAAAAAUAACUUACGCAGUCGAGAAACUUAACGUUCAUUUUGGUCCGGACGGCGUAGCAGCUCAGUCGCGGUCACCAGAAGGAGUACAAAUAGCGGCGCGUGAAUUGAGUGAAUCACUAGAUAAACUCAGCGCUCACACAACAUCCCAAGCGCAACAAUUAGCUGCUGCACUAGCACAAGUCGAGGCUUACUGUGCGGAGAUUGUUCGACUUCGGACUCAGCUGCUUGACGCAGAACAGCACCUGCGUCACGCGGCACAGCCAAACUACAGUCCCCGCGACCCAGACACCAAGCAGAGACAACAGCAGGAUGUCAACCGGCGUAUCGAAGAGCUGAAUCGGUGCAUCUACGAGUUGGACCCGUUCUACGUCAUGGUGGUCGAGGACGAGCCAGCCGCUACAUUGGCUAUGCUCGUAUCGACCGCAGACCGAGCACGCGCUAACCGUCGUCCGCGCUCACCCGAGCGCAGAGAACACCAGUUGCGCGCUCGCAACCCCACCGAUGCCGCUGCCUCCGUCUGGUUGCAAGCUGGUGCCACAUACGCCGAGAUAGUGAAGGGGCAAAGCUCACGUUCUAGUUCGAUUGGAUCAAGACAGCCAAGUGCUCAAAGACUACCACUAAAAAGACAUGAUACGCCUGAAAAAUCACAAAUAUCCGCUACUAAAGAAAAGAUAGCGUCCAGAAGUAUGAGCCCUGAAGUGAUUGAAAGUGAUAGUGCAAUAGAACAAUCACGUCCGGUCAGUGAAAUAAUGGAUUGCAGUGAUCAAUUGUGUCUUAAAAGUGAAAGUGAUAAAACCUGUAGUGAUAUUGAAGCAAAAAUUGUGGGUAUAAAGUCCGAUGUAAAUGAACCUAUUCAAGUGAAUGUACUUAAGAGUAACGUAUAUCCUGUAAGUGAUAAAAAUUUCCAAAAAAAUGUUUUACUUCAAAUGGACUUAGAGGUACCCGAACUGCGGGCAAGAUCAAGUAGCCCAGCGGCUAAAAAUCGAUCACAUGAUUUAUCUUACGCUGAAAUAUUAGCCCUUGGGUUAAAAAAACAAUCAAGUGUGCAAACAGUUACCUCUCUGCCAAAGCCUCAAAUUGCGCAUAUUGAAGUCACACCAGAAAUAACUAUCGAAGUUGAGAAAUCACCUUCUGAUAAAGCUGAUGGAAUCGUAUCUUCUAGAGAUUCUUCCAAAUAUAGACCAGAAAAAACAAUGAGGUUUCCACAAAGAAGUAGAUCAAGAGAACAGACUCAGCAAAGAAAGGGAACAGAAAAACGUUCAACAAGAGCACAUGAUACACAAACACUUAAAAAGAAAAAAAUGGUAAAAAGGUCUAUGGAAGUUCAAGAUUUCGACGACUCUCUUGAACUAGCGGUAAUGGACCAAAACCUAGAUGAAACCAAAUUAGUAAAAAGAGAGCAACCUGCAUGUAUUGAUAAAAUUGAAAUUUAUGAUGAUUGUUCAUUAUUUAAUAAAGCGAUCCAAUACGCUACGGAAAAAGAAACAGAAGCUUUUCAUGCAGAAACCACAAUGCAUGAAAUCAAUAUAAUUGAAGGCAACACGAACGUUGAAAAAACACGCAAAAAGAAACAGAAACAAAAGAAAACUAAUGAACCUGAAGAUGAAAUUGAAAAGGCUUUAAAAGAAAUAGAAAUUUCAUCGAAACUAAGAAAAAAACGUAGUAAAGCUACACAAGAUAACAAAGAUAGGAAUGAUAAUAAGAAGGAAAAAGUUAAACAAACUUCCUCUAAAGCGGAACCAAAAAAGAUUUCAUGUAUUCUAAAUGAACACAAUGUACAAGAUAAUGCUACACACGAAGUAAAGAGGACUAUUGAUGAAAAUGCUAUUGUAUCUAUGCCUCAAGAAACACAUGAACCAAUUCAAAACAUUAAAUAUUCAGAGGAUAUAAAAAUAAAAAAGAAAAAGAAAAAUAAGAAAAAUGUUAACGUUAUCACAGAAAAUGUCAAAGACCCAUGUAAAGUUGAUAUUAAAACGGAUGAAAAAACAUCUCCGAUAUUAAAUGAAGAUAUAGUAUUGAUAAAUAACCCAAUACUGCAGGAAGUAAGCCAGGAAGCCUCAAAUCUGGAAUCUCCAAAGGAGGCUUAUAAGCUGGAGGCUCCUAAGCCGGAGGCUCCUAAACCGGAAGCCCUUAAGCCGGAGAUUCCAAAGCCAUGUGAUCUUGUCACAGUAGAUUGGAAUGCAUUAAUGGCAGAAGAAGAGAAAACAGUAGAUUGGAAUGCAUUAAUGGCAGAAGACGAGAAAACAACAUUUGUUGAUACUUCAGAUUCAUUUAACGAUGAAGACUCCUCAUACUCUCCGGAAGCAAAUACGCCUUUCCCAGCUACGCAAUUAAAAUUAGGAGCAGAAAGCGAUAAAGAAAUAAAUAUAACUAAUUCGGAUAGGAUUUGUGGUGAGAUAAAAUCUUGUGAACAAAAUAAUAAUGAUGCCUUAUUUUUACAUGAAAUUACCAAAGAUACAACGAAUGUAACAGACCGAGAGUUGCAAGACGUCAUGUCUAGAAAUACUGAUACACAUACAAUUUGUCUUAUUACACACGAACAAAGGAAAUUACCACCUAUCCGGACUCUUAAAGUAUUUAGUAAUCGAAAAAAAAGUGAUGGUUUAAUUUCAUUGUCAAAUGAAUCUAAUAUUUCAAAUUCUGAAGACAUAAAUAGAAAAUCAGAACAAAAGUCUUGUGAAAUUGAUAAUAUUUCUCUUGAUCAGAAUAACUCUGAAAAGGAAAUACGUAAAACUGACGAUGUAUUAGAUACUUCCCAUUCUUCUAAAUUUAUAGAAUAUACUCUACUACCGCAAAACAGUUCAGAAGUAGCUACAGGUGAUUCAAUAGAGCAAGUCAUAUUUGGCUCAGUCCAAGAAAGAAAGAAACCUCAAAUUGAAAGCUGUGUCGUCGUACCAAAUGAGGCAUUAGUUGAUGAAGUUAAAACUUAUUCCCUUGGUAAUUAUGAUUAUACACAACUGGAGUAUGACUAUUAUAAAUUAACCGAACAUGAAAAACAAGUAAAGGAUUCAUCAUCAGUUGAGGAAUUACCUGACAACUCUACUGGGAGUACCGUCCAAGAAAAAAAUAAUACGACAACCACAGCUGAAAAUGAAAAAAAAACGAAAGAUGACAGUGAUCAAUUGAACAGAGAGACUGUGAAAAAAAAUAUUGACAAUUCUGAUGACAUUGUCGUAAGUAAUACUACUUCGGUCAAAGCUACAAAUAAUGAAGAAAUAAGUCCUUCAAUACCAAAUGAGGUAUUUUUUGAUGAAAUUAAAACUUAUUCCCUUUGUAACUAUAAUUAUUCACAACUGGAGUAUGACUAUUAUAAAUUAACUAAUCAUGAAAAACAAGUAAAGGAUUCAUCAGUUGAGGAAUUACCUGAUAACUCAACUGCGAGUACUGUUCAAGAAAAGAAUAAUAGGUCAACUAUAGCUGAAAAUGAAAAAAAUACGAUAGUUAACAAUGUGCAAGAGAAUAAAGAAACUGUGGACAAAAUAUUUGACCAGUCUGAAGAUACUGUAGUAAGUUGUACUACUUUGGUCAAUACUACAAAUAAUGAAGAAAAAGGUCCUUCAUUGUUUAGUAUCUUAAAGCCUCUCUUAACUUGUGAGACCAUAUCAUAUAACUAUCAAGAUAUUAGUGACUCAGAAAAAGUUCUAGCCAGCAUUCAAGCUGUUGACCUCUCAAAAAAAACGAAUAAAUGUUUCAGUGAUGGAGAAACUGAUGUAACAUCACUUAAAGAAUCAUUAGGAAAAAAUCUUUCUGUAAGUACCGUAUCUGAAACAAAAUUGAUUGGAGAAGGACAAGAAGUUCCAUACAAAAAAAUUAUUAAAUGUCUUCUGUAUGAGAUCCCACAAUAUAAUUAUAACGAGAUUUGGGAUGCUGAGUAUAAAUUUGCAGCUAAAACUACUGAGUCUCAUAAAUGUGAUAUAAUCGAUUAUGAAUGUAGAGAUAAUUUGAAGAUCUCUAAAAAUCAUACGAUUUUAGAAACUGAUAGCAAGCAAAAUUAUCUCGAAGACAAAACGAAAUUGAUUGAAGAAUCAAUAUACUUGGAAGAAUGUGAUUCUCAUGAUAGAGAAGCUAAGACCAUUUCGAAUAAUAAAGCAGAUUCGAAACAUGACGUCGUUCCAAUGUCUAAUGUGAUUAGUAAUGAUAAUUCAUUACAAGGAAAUAUGAGUAAUGCAUACAAUUCUUUAAAUAUAAACAACGAUGCUACUCUUGAUAUUCAUACAUGUGUAUCACAAGAAAUAAAAACGUCUAAAAAUGAAAUCAUGGAGAUACCGCAAUUCACAUAUAGCGAUUUGAAUGAUGCAGAAAAUAUACUUGGAAUAACAUUGUCUGUUAAAUGCUUAGAACCGAAUUCGUCAGAGUUGAGUAAACAUGAAGCUACAGAAACACCUCUAGAUUCUAAUAACGAUAGUGAAAUUCAUAUUAAAGCAGUCAAAAUUGAAUCUGAUAUUAUACCAAUUAUGAUGUAUGAGAUACCUUCGCUAUGCUAUACUGAAUUGAAAGAUGCUGAGAAACUAUUAGGACUUGCUAGUCAAAAUAGUAAUCUGACUUUACAAAAUGACUCGAUUGAAAAAAUAAGUCAAUCGGAAAAAUGUAUCCUAUCAACUUCAGCAAAUAAUAACAGCAAUUUGAAUAGCAGAAUAGCUGUUUCAAGAGACAGUCAAAAUAAUAUGGAAAGCAUUUCACCAACGGGUGUCAUAUUUGAAGAGGUUUUGAAUAUAGAAAAUAUUCAAUCAAACAAUGACAAAGACUCAAGUUUUGUAAAACCAUCUGAUUCAUUUGAUGAUAGUGAAAAUUUUAAUAAUACAGUUCAACUGAAAACAGAAAAUAACAAUAAGCCGCAAGUAAUAAUUGAAUUGCCUUCACAUAACUACAGCGAUUUGAUUGAUGCUGAGACACAACUAGGAUUAGCUUGCCAAACUAGAAAACGAGAUGCGACCAUUGAAAACAUAAUUGAUGAGUCCAUAAAAUGUCCGGUCAAAGAAAGUAUUUCGUCAGAAUCUUACCAAUUAGAAAUUAAUUUGUUAGAUCCUAUUCAAACACAAGUAACGAUUUUGAAGUCUGACUCCCAAAAAGUUGAAGAAUUAGCGACACCAGAUAAAGAACUUGAUACGGAAAACAAGAAAACUAAUAAUCAGAAUGUUUCACUUAUACCUGUUGUGUUUGGAAAAUUAGAAGAUGUGGAGAAAUCAUGCGAUAUAGAAGAUGUAGAAAAUAAGCAAUGGUCAGAAUCUAAUAAGAGCGAUUUACUGGCAAAUACCAAAGAAGCUGAAUCUGAUGAUUUCUUAAUUAUUGAACAUUCUGACUUUGAUGAUAUCCAAAAGCUAGACGAUAUUAAAACAUCUGCCGAUCCAUGUAAUAUAAGUUCGAUGGAGUUAGUAGAAAGUGCAAUUAAAUUAAUAGAUGAAACUAUUGAAGAUGUUCAACUGCAAACGCCAAUCAAGAGCGAUAUUAACAAGUAUAGUGAAGUAAAUUGUAAUAAUACAACUAUUUUCAAUGAACCCAUACAAUCAAUAGGAAAAGCAGAGGUUACUGUUAUUGAUAUCUUGGCUGAACCAUCCAAUUUAUAUAAAGAUGAAGUUGACAAAUUAGCUUGCGAGUUUGAAGACUUUGAAAUAAUAACUACGCCAAUUGACGAGCAAGAACUUUGUGAGCCCCAGUCUAUCUCGGCAGAUUUAAGUAAUGUCCUACCGACAGCAGUAGUUGGACCACACGGUACACAUCCUGAUACGGAGAAUUUAAGAAUUACAACAAAUAUUGAUACUUCAAUUAUAUAUUUAGAUUCUAAUACCAUAAAUAAUGAAAGUAAGGAGACAGAAACUUCUAUGAAAAAUGAUGAAAUAGUACGUGCAGAAAAAUCUCCAAUUCAUAGUUUGCAUGACCUUUUACCUGAAAUAGACUCCAUACCCGAAUUUAAGCCCACUAACCCUAAUACAUUCUUUUCAAAUUUGUCUGCUGAUGCACCUGAAUUUAUGCCAUCUUAUAUGUAUCAAAACAUUGACGAACCAUUAGAUAUAUCGGUGCAAACUAAUCAAGGAAUAGACACUAUUUCUGUUGAAAAUGUUACAUUUUCCGAGGUUGUUACUGAACAGAGACCAAAAGACGUUGAGAAUGCUAAUGUCUACUGUGAACCUGUUACGUAUUCUUCUGUUUUGUCUUCGAAAAAAUAUCCGAGAGUCAAUAAUAACAACUCAAGACCCACAGAAGACAAAAACUGUCCAGCACAAGUAUCUGGGAAUUCACAAGACGCAAUCAGCUCAAUAUUUCUAACACAGAAAGCUGACUUUGAAACGUUAACUACAGAUGAUGAAAAUAAAAAUCCUAAUAAGUCAGAUGCCAUGCAAGUUAGCAAUAGAUUAAAAAUUGACGGUGACGGUGAGACCUAUGCAAAUAUCGAUAGUGAACGUUUUGCAGUUGAUACCGAAAAUAUAAAUAAAAAUGAAUUAAAACCCGAAAAUAUCAAUCAAAAUCGACUCGAUUCAACAUCAGAAAACAUUCACAGUUCUUGGGCAAAAAUAGUAGCGAGCAAAUGUUCACAGCCUGAAAAGGUUACCCACAAAAGUGAUGUACAUUUACCAGACGUUCAACAUAAGGCACCUCUUAUUUUAAUCGAUGAACUAGAUCCAAUUAAUCUAAAGCCAGAUAAGAAAGUUGACGAAGAAGGGUUUAUAACGGUUGAACGAAGUAGACGAUCACGGUCAAGAUCUAGAGAGAUUCCAUUGAAUACUAGGGGUAAUUCUUCGAAAACAAAUCUUAAUCGAGACAAGUCUGAAAACAAAUUUGACGCACUUAUAGAUACUAUUAAGUCUGAUGUUGAGCGAGCCGCAAGUAGCCCAAAUGAAGAUAAAAAUGAAGAAAAUGAUACUACUAGGAAAGGUCAUUCCACUAAGCAAAAAGAAAAGAAGUCAAAAGCAAGAGAUAAUAAAAAUAAAAAGGAAUCUGGAUCUCAUGACAAAACACAGAAAAAGGACAUAGUGGCCCCAACACUAAUUAGCAAUGCAGUUCAACCUGAUAAUAGCGAAUCAAAGAAAAAAUCUAAAAAGAAAAAGUCAUCAACUUUCCUCAAAUCCGAUCAACUUGAAAAACCUCAAGAGGAAGUGCCAGAUGAUAGUUUUCAUAACAUACCGAAGGAACAGAAUAGCAAACACUUAUCACCAAUAUCGACUCCUGAAUCAAUACAAACACCUGUUAAGGAUAGAAUAUAUGCCGAUGCGCAAUUUUGGAAAGUUGGAACUGUUGCUCUCGAUGAAUUAGAAGAUUUAACAGAUACGAUUACAAUCGAAACAGUUGAAGCCGGAAAUGAUAGAAGUAUUGAUAAAUUUUCAAAAUCAGAAGUCUUAGAGAAUCCAAGUCCGAAUAGUUUGGAUAAAAAAUUAAAACAGCAACUAUUUAUCAAAAUAUCUGAUGAACAGUCGCUAGAAUAUAAAAUGGCAGAUUUACAAAGAGAAAUAGAAGAAAUGCUGUCACCUGAAAAUGAGAAUUCUGCCAUUAGUGAUGUAACUCCUAAAGAAUUAGCAGAUACGAGUGAAUCUAUUGAAGAGCAUGAAGAUGAAAUUUAUGAUAAUAUGACACCUUCGCUCGCUUCACCAGAAUUGGAAGAUAUACAAGAUUUACAACUUCGUGCCGAUAAUAAAAACGAAAAGAACACAUCAAGUACAGAAUUGAAAGCCGUCCCUGAAGAUGAAAUAAUAUGUGAACAAAAAGCGGAAAUUAAUAUCAUCGCUCCAACAUUAAGUAAAUUUUUGCCCGUAACAAGUAAUAAAAUGAAUGAAUCCAAACCUCUAGAGACUAAUACCACAAAGUUACCCGCUAUCGUUAAACCUUCUACUGCCAUACUUAAUAACAUAAAACAUGAUAAUUUUUGGGUCGAAAAAUUCGCUGUCGAUGAUGCGGAACAAUAUAUGGCCAGUAACAAAAAUCUUUUAACAUUAUCAUUGGAUACUAUGGAACCGGACCUGAUUAAUCAAUCUAAAAUUGAAAACCAAGUAGCUAACCUAGUCUAUAAUAAAACACUUCCACAAAAUUUGAUGAUUGAUGGUCAAUUUUGGACUGAAAAACAUAAUUAUAACGACGCGGAAUGCCAGUACUAUUUAGUAAUGCAAAAUAAAAUGAAAAAAACUCAAUCUAGUUCUUCUCAACAAAACGACGCCAAAGAACAGAAUGACAAAGAUCGCGAUCCUGACGGUAGUUCGAGUAGUUCGUCUAAUUUAGACGGAAAUGUCUCGUUUGAAUCUCACGGGUCACCUUUCGAUUCAAACUAUAUUUCUAUGGAUCUUCCUGGCGGUAUUUGUAGUUGGAAAGAUCAAACUUCAUAUUUAAGCUCAGAAACCCCCACAGAUUCAUUUAAGGCCACGCUUAGUGAUGACACGAAAUUCAUAGGCGCCGACAUUUCAGAGGAUAAACUAACAACCCCUACCAUAGAACCAGUUGCCCAACCAACCAAACCUAUACAGGAGCCGGCAGCGAAAGAGGGACUCCCGACAUCGGCGAAGGUGACUGAUCUACAGUCGUAUUGUACAAUUUUAAAUUUUAUUUUUGUUGUUUGGCAUGAUAUUGUCGCAAAAAUAAUAAUUUCACGUAUUGCAAGCAAUAUGUACAAAAAAAUGUGUUCUGGUGAUCGUCUUGUAAAGUCAAAUUUAGCUGAGCGUUUUUGAAUUAUAAAUUAUAUUCAGUAUUUUAAUGAUUAAUUAAUUACCUUCUUUUCGUAGUAGUUACUAAUCAUCUAGUCAUUUCUAGUCUUCAAUUCAUGAAUUAACUAUAUGCAGUGCAGCAACAUUAUUACCGCAAGUAGAAACUUGUAACUGUUUUAAAUAUAUAACAUAAUAUACCAUAAAUGUUUAAUUGUUUGAAUAAUAAACAAUAUGAGUGCA